GUUUGGGUUGGUUGUUUUUCUUUCUGGGUCUGUGUGACAGUUGUCUAUAGGAAACAAUGAAGGAGGCCCAGAUUCCAGCGCUUAGGCAGUAAUGUGUCUACUCAGAACCCUAAGGGAUGAUUGGCAGCUACGUCGGCCUUAGCGGGAGGAGGAGGAGGUAGCGGCUCAGGCCGGCAGCCGCCGCUGCCGCUGCGUUUAAGGUUGGAUGGAUUUGUUUGGGGACCUUCCGGAGCCAGCACCUCCGGCAGCCGCAGAGAAAGAAGGGCAAAAAGGACCAUUGCUUUUUGAUGAUCUCCCACCAGUCAGCAGCACUGACUUCGGAGCAGGAGGUUCUUUGCUUUUUGAUGACCUCCCACCUGCCAGCAGUGACCACUCAGCUUUGCAUCCCACAGAGCAAGUUUCUCCUCCAGUGAGCCAUGGGAAGGGAGAGAAGAGAAAGUCCAUUGAGGGAGAGAAGAAUGGGAGUGAAGAACUUGUGGAAAAGAAACUGCUGCGCACUGAGUCGACACUUUCAACAAGCUGUCCACCACGACCCCAAGAUCUUCCUGGCUCGGCAGGUAUUCUUGACUUGAGGGGCUAUGUGGCAGAGAGGAAAGGUGAGAGAGAAGAGAUGCAGGAUGCCCACGUUAUUCUGAACGAUAUCACAGAAGAGUGCAGCCCUCUCCCCCCUCAGAUUACCCGUGUCUCCUACUUUGCUGUCUUUGAUGGUCAUGGAGGACUUCGAGCCUCAAAAUAUGCAGCACAGAAUCUGCAUCAAAAUCUGAUCAGGAAGUUUCCUAGAGGAGAGGUGCCCAGUGUGGAAAAGACGAUAAGGAGAUGCCUUCUUGACACCUUCAAACAUACAGAUGAAGAGUUUCUCAAGCAGGCCUCCAGCCAGAAACCUGCCUGGAAGGAUGGCUCCACAGCUACCUGUGUCCUGGUGAUUGAUAAUACUCUAUAUAUUGCCAACCUUGGAGACAGCCGGGCCAUUCUGUGUCGUUACAAUGAGGAGAGUCAGAAAUAUACAGCCUUAAGCCUCAGUAAAGAACAUAACCCAACCCAGUAUGAUGAGCGGAUGCGGAUCCAGAAGGCUGGAGGAAAUGUCAGAGAAGGGCGUGUCUUGGGUGUCCUGGAGGUGUCACGUUCCAUUGGAGAUGGGCAGUACAAGCGUUUUGGGGUUAUCUCGGUGCCAGAUAUCAAACGCUGCCAACUUACACACAAUGACAGGUUUAUCCUGUUGGCUUGUGAUGGUCUCUUCAAAGUCUUCUCCCCAGAAGAAGCUGUGAACUUCAUCAUGUCUUGUUUGGAGGACAAAACUAUCCCUACGAGAGAUGCCAAAUCGGCAAUUGAUGCUAGGUAUGAGGGAGCCUGUAACAGGCUGGCCAACAAAGCCGUUCAGCGAGGCUCAGCAGAUAACGUCACUGUGGUGGUGGUCCGGAUUGAACAGUGACAGGAAGAAUAUGUGCAAGUGAGGUCCUUAGCAGCAUGCAGUGGAUUUAAUAGAACCAGUUCGUGUGUCUGUGAGUGUGUGUAGGGGUUGUCUCUUUCUUUUCUGGAUGCUCUUAUUUGUAAAUAAAGGGGUUUUUUUUCUAA